UGCAGGCAACCGAACAGGCAUGAGUCAUCUUUCAGGAAAUGAAAGUAGGCUUUACACUGCAUACUGAGCUAGUGAGAAACAUCACUGUGUGUGUACUUUUUCACAAUCUACAAGUAAAAUGAUUUCAGAGAUGAGUUCAAUCCAGGACAGUUUACAAUCGAAACUGGAUCAGCUGGAGUGCCACUUCACUUGGAACAUUGAAAAAGAGCAUCUAGUCUUGACGGAUAUCCUCAAUAGGCUUGAGGAACAGGUCAAGAUGGGUCUAGGGAAGGAUCAAGGAGUUGCACGAACUCACUGCUCUUUAGGAUAUGUGAAAUUUCUUCUUGGGAGCAAAGAAGAGGCUCUUACUCACCUGUUGAAAUCAGAAACACUCAUCAAAGAAAACCUUGGCGUCAACUGUGACAAGACUCUCAUUGUUCCCUAUGGAAAUUUAGCCUGGAUAAACUACCAUAUGAAGAACUACACAGAGAGUGAAAGUUACCUGAUGAAGCUUCAGAAGAUAAAUGAAACAUUUUCAGCAGAGCCUUCCACUGUUCCAGAGGUGCUUGGUGAGAAAGGAUGGGCCUAUCUUAAAUUCUCUCACAGAUAUUAUGACAAAGCUGCAGAAUUUUUUCAGAAGGCUUUGUUACUGGAUCCAGAAAAUAGCGAGUGGAACGUAGGUUAUGCAAUUGCUCUGUAUCGUACUGAAGAUCCUACAUAUUUUACUGUGGAUUCACCUGCAAUCAAGCAGCUAAAACAGGCUAUUGACAUCGACCCCGAUGAUGAUGCCUCUAGAGUUCUUCUGGGAGUUAAAUAUUUGUUUUGUUCCAAAGAAUUGAUGAAUGAGUCUGAGAAACUGAUAGAGACAGCUUUGAAAGGCUCUCCAGAAAAUCCACAUGUCAUGAGAUAUGUUGGGAAAUUCUUCAGGAAUCAAGGAUAUGUAGACAGGUCAGUCGCACUGCUGAAGAAAGCACUUGAAACAUCACCAAACUCAGGUUUCAUGCAUCAUCAGUUGGCAAUGUGCUACAAGAUCAAGAAAAUUAAUUUACAGAAAGAAAAACAAGUAAAUAAGUCUGAGGUAAAUAAUGCACGGAAUCAGUGUAUUUACCAUCUAGAAAAGGCAACUUCUCUAAAACCUUCCUUUAUUAUUGCCAUGAGUGAGCUUGCAUUUCAAUAUGGAGAGAAACGUGAUCUGCCAAAGGCAGAGAAGCUGUUUGAUAGAACAUUUAAAAUAGCUAGAGAGAAAAAUGAUGGUGUGCAUAAAGUACAUUUUUUCUAUGCUGAGUUCCAGCACUAUUGUAACAGAUGUGAGGACUUAGCAAUCAGCCACUAUAGGCAGUGUUUGGAAAUGAGUCCUCAUACUAGUGAGGGGAAUAGAAGCGCAAAGAAACUGAAGAACAUUGCUGCGAGAUAUAUCAAGGAAAACCCAGGUCAUUGGAAGGCCAAUGAAAUACUGGGAUUCAUUUAUCAGAUGAAAGGGGAAAUGUUUGGGGACACCAAAAGCUACGCAGCCACUUUAGGCAACGAAGAGGAUGAUGAGUCCCUCAGUAAUCUUUGUGAGAUUAAUUGUAAAAUAUAAAAUUUCUACAAGGAUGCAUAAUUGAUUGUUAGUGGAAAAACAACAGGCCUUAUUUGUGUAUUUAUGUAUGAAGAUCGUGUACAAAAAUGUAGCUUGUUCUAAUGCUAAUGAAGUGGUUCCAAAUGAGGAAGUGAGUCUCUGCUGCUAAUUUACAUAAUCAUGUCCAAACUAUGGCUUUUCAAUAUAGUCCCACAUCUCUCAUUUGCUAGUUUCUUUUUUUUUUUUUUUGUGUCUUUCUCCUUCUGAGUGCAUGUGCGGGAGGAUCUUUGAGUAUGGCAUUCUUAAAACCAGUUGAAGACAAAAUGUUCUUAUAUAAUUUAUAUAGUAGGCUAUUGGGCCUAAAUUUUGUCAUACAUUCAGAAUGCGUUUUUGCACAUUUGAUAAUUCAGUUCAUGAAUUCUGUGUGAAGAUGCUUUGAAACAGAUUUAGUGUGGAUAGUGAACAAGGAUUAAUGUGAAACAAGAGUUGUUGGUAUCUAUCAAAUGUAACUUUUUACCUUACAGUUCUUUUUGAUUUAUUCAGUCUUAACUAUUGUAUAUUGUGUUGCAAGGCAAAAAAAAAAUCACCUUUUGUAAUAUAGUCUUCCCAACUAUAAAAAUCCCAAACUAAUGCAGUCCUGUUAAUCUUAAUUCACACUGUAUAUCAUCUGUUACAUUUUAUGACUAUAUCUCUGAUUAUAAUUUACUAAUCUUUUCUCUGUAUUUCAGUUUCUUUACAAGUUGCUUCUUAAUAAAGUCAAUAUGCUGUUUCAUUUGAAGUUGUUAUCUUUAUUGCAUAAUAGACUCUGGAUAUUUAAUCCCUUAUAAGGCAUACAAAAAAAUGUCAUGAAGGCAUGAGAUUAAAAGGAGCUGUGUCAAUUCAAUCAGAUAAUAAAUAUUGAUCAUAGGUACUUAUCCUAAUACUGGGGCUUAGUUUAAAAUAUAGUUCACCCAAAAAUAUUUUUUUUAUUUUUAUCUGCUUACCCCCGGGGCAACCAAGAUAGGUGACAUUGUUUCUUCAGUAGUUUUUAGGGGAAGUCGUGGCCUAAUGGUUAGAGGGUUGGACUCCCAAUCGAAGGGUUGUGAGUUCUAGUCUCUGGCUGGACGGAAUUGUGGGUGGGGGUAGUGCACGAACCGCUCUCUCUCCACCUUCAAUACCACGACUUAGGUGCCCUUGAGCAAGGCAUCGAACCCCCAACUGCUCCCCGGCCGCCGCAGCAUAAAUGGCUGCCCCCUGCUCUGGGUGUGUGCUCACAGUGUGUGUGUGUGUGUGUGUUCACUGCUCUGUGUGUGUGCAUUUUGGAUGGGUUAAAUGCAGAGCACAAAUUCUGAGUAUGGGUCACCAUACUUGGCUGAAUGUCACUUCACUUUCACAAAGAUUUUUAACUCAAACUGUUACAGUCUGUCAGAUAGGUGGAGAUAAUGCUCUUAAGUCUGCUAUCUUUGUGUAUGUUUUUUUUAUUCUCAAAGCCAUGAUUCCCUUUCACUUCCAUCAUAUGACUGACAGACUGCAAUGGUUUGAGUAAAAAAAAAAAAACUUUGUUUGCGUUCUACUAAAGAAAAAAUUUCACUUUGGAUUCCCUGGGGGUAAGCAGAUAAACAUAAAAUGUACAUUUUUUUUUUGGUGAAUUUAUGUGCAAUUAUAUUUGUAUUACUUUUAAACAUACAUGUAUUACUUUGACAAAUUAAAAUAUGAACAAAUAAAUAAUAUAAAAACAAACUGCAUUUUGUGCACUGGAUUUUAAGAAGAUUGAUUAAGGCCUGGGUUAAUUAUUUUAUCAGUAACUAUAAUGUAAACCACACUUCAUAAUCUUGAAAUUUUAAAAUAUAUGCUUUUUAAAUGGUUGUAUGUAGUCUAUCUUUAAAAACAAUGAAAGAGUUUAGAUUACUGUUUAGCAGCUAAUAGUUUAGUAAUUCAUUAUUACUUUCUCUGUCACUUUACUAAAGCUAUAAAUAAACAUUUAGUUGAGAAUGUUAACAUUGAACCCUAAAUGUUUUAGGUGUUUUAGGUAUUAAAUGCAGCCAUAUUGCCCUGCAGCCCAUAGUCUCAGCCUCAGUCGUCAUGCCCAUGGACUGUUGGCUGAACGUCUGAUGCAUAUAGCUCACAAAAGUGGAAACACUUCAGGGGUUUCAAAGUUGACAUUGGAUUGUUUGAAAUAUACAGGAUUUCUGGGAGACACGUGUGUCGCGUUUCUUUUAGCGUUCCGCCAGGAAGCAAAGAUGCUGUGCUGCCGAAAAACCCAUUGUGAAAGCUAUUGUGUUUACAACUGGGAUGACGAGUUCUUAUGAGGAUCAGCUAAAUGCUGGAUUCUCAGAAGUAUGUAAAAUAUUUUAAGUUGGCGGCACAGGAUCCUUAAAAUUCAUCUGAGAGUUUUUUACUCAAUCUGAGUGUAUCUGUUAUUGUGGCGACAUUUCCACACCCGAAACAUGCCGCUGAACAAAACGAACUGUGAUUGGUUGUUUGACAUGUCAAUCAAAUGACCUUUUGGGUGGGCAUUGGCCAAAAAGCUGCCAUGGAUUCCUGGGAGAUUAUGCAGCCCAAGACUGGUUGCACACUGAAGCUAAGCAGGGUUGAACCUGGUCAGUACCUGGAUGGGAGACUGUGAUGAGUGGGGUGGGACCGAGAGCCGUGGGAACAGAGCGAGGCCGGAGGAGUG